AGUUUUCCGCCUCUUUCCCCGAGCAUUGAAUUACAGAUAACAAAUACUGUCUUGCUAGUCAUUUCAUUCAAACCUGUAGUCGGAAAUAGCCUGUGGUAAAUGCAGAUGACAGCAUCUGAAUGACAAACACAAAAAACUAUAUUUAAGUAAGUGACAUGUCCGCUGGGGAAUCAACGACCGCUCCAGCCGACACUGGCUCCGCGGCUGGGCUCGGAGCGCAGUUCCCCGUUGGCUAUCAAACAUUUCGGCCGGAGGAUCAUGGCCUAGACCGUGGGUUUCGUCUUACGGCCUUCUCUGAUAUGAAGGGAUGAGGCUGUAAGGUCCCUCAGGAGACUCUGCUCAAACUCCUGCAGGGACUGGAGCCUGAUCGCCCGGCGCCGGUGACGGGGGAAGACGGGGGCACUGGCACAGUUGGUGGAGACGAGGCCUCUGAAUAUGGGCAACUUGCCCCGGUUCCGCACGGCCCCCGGCUAGGUAUUGGGAUGGAUUCGUGUGUGAUCCCUCUUAGGCAUGGGGGUCUCUCUUUGGUCCAGACCACCGACUUCUUCUACCCUCUGGUGGAGGACCCUUACAUGAUGGGCCGCAUUGCCUGUGCCAAUGUCCUGAGCGACCUGUACGCCAUGGGCAUCACUGAGUGCGACAACAUGCUCAUGCUGCUGAGCGUCAGUCAGAAGAUGAACGACAAGGAGCGGGAGAAGGUGAUGCCGCUGAUGAUACAGGGCUUCCGGGACGCUGCCGAGGAGGGCGGGACCUCGGUCACGGGGGGGCAGACCGUCAUCAACCCCUGGAUCAUCAUCGGGGGCGUGGCCACCGUCGUGUGCCAGCCCAACGACUUCAUCAUGCCGGACAGUGCGGUCCCAGGUGACGUGCUGGUGCUCACCAAACCCCUGGGAACUCAAGUGGCGGUCAACGCCCAUCAGUGGCUGGACAAUCCUGAUAAAUGGAAUAAAAUCAAGCUGGUGGUGUCGAAGGAGGAGGUCGAGCAGGCAUAUCAGGAAGCCAUGCUGAAUAUGGCCACGCUGAAUAGGACAGCUGCCGCCCUCAUGCACACCUUCAACGCCCACGCCGCGACGGACAUCACGGGCUUCGGCAUCCUGGGCCACGCCCGCAACCUGGCCCAGCAGCAGCGGAGCGACGUGGCCUUCGUCAUCCACAACCUGCCCAUCCUGGCCAAGAUGACCGCCAUCAGCAAGGCCUGCGGGAACCUGUUCGGCCUGCUGCAGGGCACGUCCUCGGAAACCUCCGGUGGGCUGCUGAUCUGCUUGCCGCGGGAGCAGGCCGCGCGCUUCUGCGCGGAGAUGAAGUCCAGCCGUCUGGGCGGGGUGGGGCCGGAGGGCGGGGCCGGGGAGGGCCAGCAGGCCUGGAUCAUCGGCAUCGUGGAGAAGGGCAGCCGCUGCGCGCGCAUCAUCGACAAGCCGCGCAUCAUCGAGGUCCCGCCGCGCGGCUCCGUCAGCGGCUGCGGCCAGGAGGGCGGCGGCGGCAACAACAACGCCGCCAACAGCACCGGCGUGCCCAGCCCCACGGAAACGCAGCCCCCCACCCCGCUCACCUGAGGCUCCGCCGCCGGGCUUCGCUGAGCCCUCCUCCUCUUCCUCCUCCCCCCUAACGCCUUCUCCUCUUCCUCCCCCCUAAUGCCCCCUCCUACUCUUCGCUCUUUUCUCUGCUGUCUUUUUCUUUCCCUGCUUUUGUCCUGUCCUUCUCCCUGCUUAUAGUUGAGCAGGUGUGUGUGGUUUGUGUGCGUGCAUUCCCCCCCCACCCCCCCUCCCCAUCCCACCCAUCCC